AUGGAUGACGUAUGCCAGAUGUAUGAGCAGAUGAUGAAGAUGGACAUGGGCAGCAAGCAGCAGGUCAAGUACACCGUUGAGGACCUUUGGUCCUUCAUCGACCGCUUGCGUGAUAUUGCCAUAAUGAUCUAUGACUCUCAGGUGGGCGAGUACCUGCCACAUAAUCGUGAGUGGGCCAAGAACCAGGCCGCCGAUUCAACUCUGGUAAUUCCUUGCAUCAGUGUACAAUGUUCAGUACUAACAAUGAUGGCGAGUACUACAUAA